CCAUCCCUGGAAGUGUUCAAGGCCAGGUUGGACAGGGCUUGGAGCAACCUGGGAUAGUGGAAGAUGUUCGUGCUCCAUCGCAAGAGCCUGAUGAGCUCAUGGAUGAGCUCUAAGGUGGAUAAGCCUGAUGAGCUCUAAGGUGCCAUCCAAACCAUUGUAGGAUCCUCUGAUAUGAAAUAUGAGCUUCGGGGGGAGCCCAAAUCUCUUCCUUUCUCCCCAUUCCCAAAGAAUACCUCUCAGGAUGGGCUUUCCUCCCAGGCCCCUUUCACAGUCCCAGCCUGGGCAGGCACCACAGAGCCCCUAGUGAGCCCAGUGCCCUGGGAAAAGCUGCCAGGGCAGAGGAGAGGCCAGAGGCUGUGCUGUGAGGAUGAAUCCCUGUCACUUGUGAGCCUCAGUCUCGCUUUGUCCCAUUUGGGAUGUCCUGGGAUCACUGUGAUGGAUCCACCCCUCCAGCCGGGGCCACACCAUGUGUGUUUGCAGCACGGUCCCUCAGGAUCCUGUGGGGGGGCUGCUGGUACCCGCAGUGCUGUCGGGUGCUCCAAGCACCUGCGGCUGGUGCCCAGGUGGCCACAGCCACGAGCUUAUCCCCAGCUUGCAAUGACAUCUAGUGGAGCCACCUCGGGAGGAGCUCAGCGAGCCAGUGCCAGCGCCAGGCCUCCCCCAGCGCUCCCAGGGCUGAAUUCUCCCCUCCAACCUUCUCUCCAAAACGUGUGGGCACGAGGCAAGAGCCAACACCCCAUUUCUGAGUCAUGGUUGGCCACAGCACAGCUUCCUGGGAGCCCAAAAAAUCACCUUUUCCACAGCAAAACUGAGUCCCCUCCAGUCGUGCUGCGACUGUGCUUAAUGAAGAGCUAGGGAUUAUUAUCGUUAUGUGGAGUCUUUACCUCAGGUUCUCCUCCAUCCCCAAAACAUCCCAAAUAAAUGGUUUUAGUGUGCCAAAUGUUGCUGCUGCAAAUCCAGCAACUGCUCUGGGAGGUGGCUGGUGGCAACAAACCACACCGAGCCACAGCCAGACACGCUGGAUUCUCCUCUGAAGGCAAGGAAGGUAAGAAAAAUAAACAAAUAUACUAACUGGAAUAAAAAAAACCCCAGCGUGGUGAUGGGAACAUGCAGCAGCAACUCCUCCGGAUCAUCUCCCUGCAGACAGAGCAGCACCCACAGCAGCCAACAGAUCCUGUUUUAAACCCGGAAGAGUGCUGCAGCUUGAUCCUGCUUCACUCCUGUAGAGAUAUAAUCAUAGUCUUUAGGAGAUGUAAUCAUAGUAUUUAUUUAAGAAUUAAAUGUGUCUGAAAGUGGCCUAAAUUCCCCGUGCAAGAGCUGAGUCGGUGCCUCAGUGCCUGACUCGGCACCACUGCGAGGGAGCCGGUCCCCAUCUAACGGUGGUUAAUGGCUGGUGCCCACGGCCACAAGCACCUUCUUUGGACAUGGGAGACUGUAGAGAAUGUCAUGAGUCUGAAAGACCCUGAUAAGCCAGGGGAGAGGCUUGUGAGGACCACGGGGAAACAAUGAUCCAGAGCAAUUCUGCAUUUUCUAAUACAACUUUAUUUAAAGUAAACAAGCAGAGGCAGCACAGCAGGAAUCCAGCAUGGGCAGGGAUGAGGGUAAGCACCGUUUGCAGCUUUUAUAUGACAGAAGGGAAAGAAAAAACACAUAAAACCCUCACAAACAAACAUCACUUUUCAAAGACAAGACAGAGCCCCAGAUGGCAAUAGAUGAGGUACCAUUGAGCCAGCUUCAAGGCUAACCCUAACCCAAGGCAGUUACUUGAGCAGUGAGGGAGAUUCCAAAUCCGAUCCCCCCAAAAAGUUCCUUUAUGAGCAGGUUUGGGACUUGCUGCUCCUAUGCCUGAUGGAGACAGGGCUGGGAGGAGGUUGGGACUGCCACCAGCUCCCUUCCCAUCCCAGGGAAGGGACUCACAUGAAGAGAAAGUGCUUUAAAUGCAUCCGUGGACAAACUCGAUCAUUAUCCACAUUUGAAAACUUUGCUCCCACCAGAGCAAAUAAAGAGGGGAGAGAGACAUCACCAUCCCAGCUGAGACAGUGCCAUGGGAUUGCUCCACAUCCAAUACCAGGCAAACCCAGAAAGGGGAGGUCCCUGCUCUGGUGCCCUGUGGCAUCCAUGGGAGAGCAGUGGCUCUGAGCCACCCUGCUUUGUAUCUGUUCUCAGCCUGGCUGGAGAGCAAUGAAAUUCAUCUUUGGAAACCAACAUUCUCCUAUUGCACCUCAGUUUAGUAGGGAACAGCCAUGGAUGUCCUCACAAGCAGUUAUUGCCUCUAUGUUCUGCCCCUCUCCUACCCCCCAAUAUAAAGACUGAUUCUGACAUUUCUCCAGCCUUACUGUGAGGAAGAAAAAAAUAUAUAUAUAUUAAAAUACCUUUAUUACAUCACUAAAAACCUGUGUAGUGUCCAGAAAUCCAGUGUCCUUGAGCAGCUGGCUGUUGGCAACACAGGAACUAAACAGCCAAAAUACCCACAAAAAAAAUAGAUUUUAAAAGCAACACGUGCUGCAAAAGCUUUGGCAGCCGCAUCCUUCUGCGAGGAGGUCAGGUACCGGCUCAGUACCGAGCUUGGGGUGCCCAGGGCUGGGGCUGAGCCAGCUGCAGGUGCUCAAGCACUCUGUGUCCAGGCAGGAAAGAUGCAUGGCCAGCGGAAACUUCCCUACCCCAGGAUCACUAACCCCAAGGUGCCUUUGGCAGGUUUUCAUCGGUCCCCCCGUCCCCGUAGCCCAUUCCACCCCCCCACCCCUGUUACUUCUUGAAGAACUUCUUGUUGAGGAGGAAAAUGAGCAGGUUAACGUUGACCUUGGCCUUACCAAACAUCUUCAUGACUGCUACGCCCUCGUACUGCAGCUGCAGCAGGUCCUGUGAGAGAGGUGACCGUCACUGCCACCAGCCCCAUGCCCGGGAAGAAGGAUCAGCUCAGAGCUGGGCUUGCAGUGGGAGAUGCACGACAAGGCUGUCCCCAGCUCAGGGCAGGGCUCCCCAUGGGCUCUGAGUCCCCCAAAAACUGCAGGCGGGGGGACACCACCUGUCCCCUGCACCCCCUGGCCUGGCUGGGCACCGGCAGCCCCAGGACAGGCUCCCCACCUGGUAGUGCAGCUGGAAGUGCUCCAUGUCAAUUCCCAUGAAUUUGGCUUUCACCUGGAACUUGCCCGAUUCCUCACAGGGGAUGAUGUCAAAAAUCACAUUCUUGAACCUGAGGAGACAGAGCCACUCACUGCCAGAAGGAGCUUCAUGGCUUUAAGGCAACCAAGGAGCUGGUCACCCACCCAGCACAACCCCUCAGCACAGCAGCCAGACCCACAGCCCAAAUCCCCCCUCCAAAUCCCAACUGUCCCUUGUUCUCCUACAUGAAACUACUUGCCCCAUCCCAGGAGAACAAUGGUGGCUCAUAUGCAUUCUCCUCCUGGGUUAUUUUCCUCUACCUGCUCAAGCUUUCAUGGAAUAUCCUGAGUCGGAAGGGACCCGCAAGGAUCAUCGAGUCCAACUCCUGGCCCUGACACAGGACAACCCCAAGUAACAGCUCCUCCCAUGGAGCCAGGGCUACAUACUGGCUGGGUGGCAGGUCCUGGAUCUCCAGCAGCACUCCCUUCUCCAACAGCCGGGCCGCCGUGUAGUGCAGCGACGGCAGCUUCUUACUCUUCCUGCUGACCCUGGAAGAGGAGGAACCACAUGCUGAAAGCUCAUCUCCAGCCAUCUGUGUCCCCUUGGACCCCCAACAUCUCCAGGAGUCACAACAACCAGGGAGCAAUGAAAACAAAUAAUGGGUUUUUUUAAAAAAGUACUGAUUUUUGGUAAGAAACCAUACUUGUUGCUGGCUGCCAGGUUGUCGAGGCAGGUCUUGAUGUACUGGUUGUAAUAAUCAAUUUGCUCCUCAUAAAAUAAGGUCUUGGCAUCGAGGCUGUGCAGGGUCUGCCUCAGCUUCAGGAGCUCCGCGCGGCGGUGCUGCCGGUGGCGCCGCUGGUUCCGGAUGUCCUGGAGGGAACAAAGCCAGGCAAGAAAGCCAAUAUACCUCAUUCUGAGCUUUCUCAGAGCACCAGAGCAGGAUCUCAGGGGGGCUGACUCAGCACACCUUGGCCAGCGCAUCAAUGAGCUCCUGGUACUGGUGGGCAGAGUCCACCAGCCCCAGGCUCUCCAAGUGCCGCAGGUUACGGAUGAUCUUGCGCUUCUUCUCCUCCAUGGAGAGUUGACCGUUGGCAGCCAGGGAGCGGUGCCACUUCAGCUGGGUGGGGGUCUGAGCAUCCUGCAGCGCUCGCCUGUGCACGAGACGGUCGUGGGCAGCUUCCUAGGGAUGAGAAGGCAUUGAGCCUGGAACGCAGCUGAAAUGGGGCACGAGGAGAUGGAGCAACCAAACCCCCUCUCGCACAGUUUGAUGUGGAUCUCUCCUGGUCCAGAACACAUGUUUCUGGAGCUCUUGCUGGAGCUCUUGCUGGAGCACAAGAGCAGUGGCCAAGGCUCCAAGAGGAGCAGGGCAGCUUUUUGCUGAGGGUUUUUUUGCCAUUUCGCUGCAAACAUUUUUAGCUCAUGCCCAGCAGCAGCCUCACUCAACCCACCUCGUGCUCCAAGGCUUGUGUCCACAGGAUUUCUGGGAGGGAAUCUCCUGACUGGGACUGGAUCACAUCCACCAGCAUCUGCUUGGUGCUAGAGACCAGAGUGAGACGUCAGGCAUCCACUCCAGACCACCACCCUGGCUCACAAUAUUUACUUUCCACGCAAGGGUUUCUUGCCCCUCUAGAGUAUCCCAGCCCCCAGCACAAUCCCAAUGCCCGUGGGGCCCAUCCUCACCUCAGCAGCAAGCUCCUCGUGUCACUCUCCUCACUGCUGGCCGCUGGCAGCAGCUUGCCAGUGAGGGUAAGGGAGAUCUCUGUUCUGCUGAGCUGAGAGAGCACCUGCUCAGCACCACUGUCUGCCAGGCUGGCAACACUUUCCCCUACAAGGGCAGAGAGAGCCCUGCUAGCUGUGUUGGGCUCCAAAGGGUCAGUUUCCCACACAGAAGGAAUCCAGAUCAAGCUUCAUGCAAGUCAAAUUGUCCCCAUGUCCACCCUCCUCCUGACAGUGUGGGUGGUGUGUCCCAGAGUUUGACCUACCAACCAGGGACUGGACUGUAGGAAUCUCAUCAAGAUCCUCCAGGAGCUCGUGCAGAGGAUCUCCAUGAUGCGGUGCGAUGGAGUCCUGGUGCUCGAGCAGGAGCUGGACGAUGCAAGGGAUGAGUCAGUGGCAAAGGAGGAUGCAAAGGAAGAGGGAGAGAGGGCCCCCUUUGCAUCCUUUACACCCGAAAGGGGAUGGAGCAGAUAUGAUGUUCAGGGAAGGACAAGCAGCAACAAACCUGCAGAAUCUGGGUUAUUUCCUUGCUUAAAAAAGAAAAAAGAGUCAGGAGGAAAGGAGCUGUGCUGGGGGUGGGACACAGAAGAGUGUGAGGAAAUGCGGCAGAAAGCCCAGGAGGUGGGAGCAGAGGAAACAGAGCUCGCUUGCUGUGAGCUUUAUGCCCUUACCUUGUGUGUGUUGAUGAGCUCCCCCACAGUGAUGUAGAUGACUGGUUUGGCCACCGCCACCAUCUCUGAGUACUCAUCCAUAUUAAACCUCUCUUCUGGUUCAGGGACACAGCAGGCAGCAGAGAUGAACCUCCUGCAGAGAAGGACCCCUUCGGUCAACCCCAAAACCCUGCCACUGGCUCACAGUCGCCUUCUCACCCCAAUGCUGUCCUGGUGCCCACCUGAACUUGUUGUGGGUGUCCUCCAGGUACUGGUUCACCCCGCAGAGAUGCGCGUUCUCCCCGUCGAAGGCCUUGCGGGCGGCUGCGUGCUGCAGCACUUUGGCGAUGGAGCCCAGGCUGCGGCGCUGCUCGGGGUGCAGGGUCGCCCCAGCCGAGAUGUCCACGAUGUCAAAGCCAUCAGGGGCCACCACAGCCGGGUUCAUGAAGCGGUAGUAGAGCAGGUUGCCCACAAUCUAGGGCACGAGACAGGCUGAGGGUUGGAGGAGCAGGCAGGCUGAGGCCCGAGGAGGUGGUGGCUCAGCAGGGAAGGGUGUUGCAUCCUUGCGCUGCCCUGUGGGAGCCUCCCAGAGGGGAUGGCACCCUUGAGAAGAGCCCACCUUUGGCAUUUCCUUAGUGGCUCAUGGAAAAUACUGACUUGGAGGUAUUUUUAAGUCCAGAGGACUUGACUUUCUGUGAAGAGAUACUGGCCCUUCACGUGCAGACACAGAUGAACCCCACCAAACGGCACAGAGCCCCCCAGCCCCAGGGUACCUUAUCGAUUUCCUCUGCCGGGGCCUUGGGGAAUUUCUCAAUCAAAGAUGUCCUCAGGAUUUUGGCCAUGUAGCGCAUGCCAUAGCUGAGGAGAGGGCAGGGAAAGGUCCAUCAGCAUGAAGGACCACCCUGCCCCAGCUCUCUACCACCCACAACUCAAGAUACAGGAAACCCCCAGCCCUGGGGCAAUGGAGGAGCCCACAGGAGGGGCCGGCAGCUGCAGCAUCCCUCGGUUCCCUCCUCUACCCUGCUGCCAGCCCAGACAUCCCUGGAGGAAGCCUUCAUCCUCUGAGAUGACCACAGCUCAGAUUCUCCCUGGCAACACCUCAACACCAGCAGUAAAGCACUCAGAGUGGUCCAAAGAGCCAGCCCAUGGGGCACUGCUGAUAUUUGGUUUCAGCUUGCUGACAGUGCAGUAAAACAGCCCUGCAGCACUGAAGGGGCAGGAGGACCCCAGUCACCAAACCUCCUUUCUAAGGCCUCGCUAGAGACACCUCUGAGCCGGCAGUGCUCCCGGGCGGGCACAGAAACCAUAGGGAUACAUACGGGAUCUUGUCAACGGAAGAGGUGAUGGCAGAGACGAACUUGUCUGUCAUUGCCAGGAGGUUUUGGAUAGAAAUAUCUAGCCGCCUUUGGACCUCAGGGUGGCUGAGAGCCUGCUCAGGGCUGACCUCAUAUGGGAACUUGCUGUGAAAGGAAGAUCCCCAUCACCAUCCCAACGCCUGUCACCCUGCGGUCGGGCCAAGCCUCCUCGCCCAGGGCCUGACCUUCUCUGCCCACUCUGUGACUCAGCCUGGUUGAUCCACGCCUUGUAGAUGUCCACAGGGUUGGUACGGAUGCCAAGGGCCUUGUCCUGCAGGACCUCCUGCACUGGGCCGCUCAGGAUCUGCCGCAGAGCGUUCUGCCCACGCGCGUUGCGGUAGAAGCUGACCACCAGCCGGAUCACCGUGGCAUUCCCCAUCAGGAUGUCAUGGACAUGGUCCACCUUGGACCUGGGGAGAGAGACAGGGCAGAUGGGAUGAGGGGAUGGACCAGUAUGUGUGUUCUCCAAGCAGGAGGGAGUAGCCAGAGGAGAUAACUGCAUCCAAGAUGAUGCCCUUGGUUCAGCCUUUGCCCAGGCCUGUCCCCAGACCAGGACACUCAUGGACACCCACCUGACCUCCUCCUGCAGCGCCACUUUGAAGAGCUGGAGCAGCAGAUAAGCCUCCCGCGGGUUGGAUGCGUAGUUGUAAAGCGUGAAGAUUACUGACUCCAUGAAUUUGGUGGACUUGUUCUGGGGCAUCUGGAAGAUCAGCCUGGCCAAGUAGACUGGCUGUGUCUGCAGGCAGGAGGGACACCAAGCUAACCCAAAUGUUGUGGAGUGCUGGGGGACCAGGUCCCCACACUGCCCCCCCACUGUGGGCGACACAGCAGAUCCCCACCAGCCCCACCUGCAGCAGGUAGAAGAGGUGCUGGUAGGCCUCCAGCUUCUGCCGCUUCUCCUUGCUGAGUGACUUGAGCCCCUUCUGCUUGUCUAUGGACAUCAUCUCUGAGAGCUGCUCCUUGUUCUUCUUUGUCAGCUUCUUGCAGUGGGAGACCACCUCCUGCAGCCACGUGGGCAGGGAGAGAAGUGCUGGGGACUGCCAUAGGCUCCGGCAUUCCGACCAGCCUCUGGGAAGAGCCUGAGGCAUCCCAGUGCUCCUCAACCCCUCCCAACCCCUCCAACCACUUGAAGAGUGAAGCAGAGAUAAGUCCAAGCUGCAAUGCCAUGGAGAGCAGGACCAACGGGCUCAGGCACUUUGGCAGGACCACAUGAGAUGUCUGAGAUCCUCCCCUGACCCCUGCCCUGCUCCCCACCUGCAGCGUGAUCCUGUUCUUGACCAGCAGCCCGAUCUUGAUGUCCAUGAGGUCCAGGUCACUCUCCAGUCGCCGGCUGGCGCGGAUCCUCUUCACCACCUCCUCCUGCAGCCGCAGCACCUCUGACUCCUCCCAGAAGUCAUGCUGGCUCUGCUCCAGCAAGUGGAUGAAGCGCCGGACGAUGCUCAGUGGUGGCCUCCUGGCAUGGACUGCAGCAAGACACAGCGACACCGUGCAUGCUUGCAGGGGGCAGAGCAGCCACCCCCAUCACAGACCCUUGCACCCCCAGGAUCUCACCCAGAGACCCCAUCCUCCCGGAAAAAGCAUCUUCUUGCAGUACUAGGACAUGGGACAGGGCAUGGCCACACCGUACAACAGCCCCUAGGAAGCUUUUGGGGGCAGAGGGGCAGCUCCAAGGCUGAUGCCCAGGAACCACCAAGGAUCUGUCACUCCUGUCCUUACCACAGGGGCACCGAUGGCCAGCCUGCCACCACCUCCCCACCAUGCAAGGCCAGUGAGAGAGGAGGCAGAGCCCCCUUCCCAAUUAGCCCUCACACUUCAGAGCAGCAAUGAGCAGACACUUACCCAGCAUCCUGUAAUCCCCACGGGCCUUGUUCGCUCGCACAAAAGCCUGGAUUUUAAUUACAGCUUUAAUCUGCCAAGACAAACAAGGGGAUGGGGGAUGUUUCCUCACAGCAUCCCUGACACACGUGGGGAGUGGAGGAGAGCUGGACAGGCAUUUGGGUGCCUGCUCCCACUGCUGGCAGUGUGCCAAGGCCUGGGAUGAGGGUCUCCACAACCAGGGAGGGAUUUUGGGAUUCCACCCUCCUCAGCAGUUGUUCUCCUGUGCUCACUGUAUUUCAGAAGCUGCAGCAACUCCAGAGGUGCAGCUUCGCUUCCUGCAGCCAAUACCUCCCUUUCCCCCAAAAUUUCCUUCCCCUCUAAUGGGCAUCUUGAAUUCCCUGGGUUUUGAUGGAACUGGAGUGGUUUUUGUCUCUCCUCACACCUCAAAGAGCCUGAUAGUUUGGCUUCCAGACCCCCCCGGCACAUUUUCCUUCCCAUCUGUCCCCCUUGGCCAGGAUGCAGCAGUUCUCCCUCCAGCUGUGCCACAAGCACUCAGGGAAGGAGAUCCAACCAUGGGCUCCAGAUCAUUCUCCUCCAUCCCCACCAACAUGUUCCCAGGAGCUGUUUUGCUCCCAUCCCAUCACUGACAUUCUGCCUGAAGUAGCGCAGCCUCUCCUGGUACUUCCUCCGAGCCUGCCACAUCCUCACACCCGCCUGGAUCUGGAAGAGAUGUUCAAAUAGUUGGAUUCUGCAAGGAGUCACUUGGCCAAAGCAAGUGGGUGGAGAGGGGGGAAACUGAGGAUUUCCAGAGGUUUAGAUUGGACACUAGGGAAAAUUUCUUCAUGGCACAGGCUGCCCAGGGCAAUGGUGAAGUCACCAUCUCUGUAGGAAUUUAACAGACAUGUGGCACUUGGGGACAUGGGUUAGUGGUGGCCUUGGCAGUGCUGGGGGAACAGUUUGACUCAAUGAUCUUCAAGAGCUUUACCAAGCUCAACAAGUCCAUAAUUCUAUUCAAUGAUUUUUGCAAGAUGUUCUCCCUUAUCCCCUCACACGCUGCCCUGGCCCAGCUGCCAUAUCCUCCCUGGCUCCUCUGCACUGGGCAGGGGGUAGAUGCCACCCUGCAGCUGAGCAAGAGGGUGGCAAUGCCCAACGAGGGAGCAAAGGCUGAAGGAAGAGUCUUCCCAACCUUGAUUGCAGCCUCUGCGUUGGCUCGCAGGUAACACAGCCUCUCCAGGUAAGCUCUGCGCUGCUUGUACCCCCUCCAACAAGCCUGGGCACAAGAGAAGACACCAGCUAGAGACCUGCAUGAGGUCACCAUGACUCCCAGUCAGGAGCACACAAGGGAAGAGGAUAACGCAGCACAAGAAAAGAGGAAAACAGCACCCAAAGCAGCUGCUGUGAGAGAAACAAGCCCCACACCACCCUCUGCAGCACCUCGGGGGGCCCCAGCAGUGAAAUGGCAGAGGUCGCUGGACCCGCCAGAGGAUGCUGUGUCCCUGGCACAGAGGUGGGAUGGAUUCUGGCUGCAUCACCUGGAUCCUGACGGCAGCCGGCUGCUGCUCCCGCAGGAUGUGCCGUCGUGCCGCGAACUCCCGGCGAACAAGGAAGCCCCGGAUCCGAGCCUGCAGCCUCACCACGAAGGCGGUGUUGGAUGCCCACAGGCACUCCCGGUCGUGCGCUGCCGUCACUCGGGUGACAACCAACUGUGGGGACAUGAGGCACCAGCUCAGCCCCAGUGAUGCCACCGGUGCCCACGCAGCCCCAUCCGGCCUGUACCUGGAUCUCCUCCCGGCUCAGGUGUGUGGUGUUGAGGCCGCCGUCGUGUGGGCACUGCCAGCUGCCCUCAAAGGUCUUCAGGCUCAGGUAGUACUCGGCACCGUCUGGCAGCCUGUGCCGGAUCCAGUACAGCUUCUCACUCCCUGCACGCCAGGACAGACAGGAACUGCUGGGUGGUGCUGCUCCCCUCGAACACCUCAGGUGGAGGGGGGGCAGUUCUGCAGCUCCCAAGGUUUUACCUGCCGGUCUCUUGGUGGCCACCAGAGCCGCCAGCUGCUCCUGGUAGGCACCAGCACAGGCGCUCACCACACCACACAGGGCCACGUCAGGGUUGCGCAGCACCCGCAGCGUCUGCGCCGCCUUCCCUUCCUUGAUGGCCUGGUUGAUGGCAGCAAUGCCCAGAGCCACUGAGGGAACAGAGGGGGCUCACGUCAGCACCUUCUCGUCCUCUGACCCCCACAGCAGCACCCCAGCCCACAGGGGCUCAGCACCCAGAGCCUGUGUGGGGAGAGCACUCACUCCUUCUGGCUGCCACUGUGUCCUGGUUAGCCCGGCAGACCCCUUCCUGGAUCUCUUCCCACCAAAGCACAGCUCCGUCAUCCCCCAUGGCCUGUGAGACAGCAGAGUUGGGCACGGGGGGAAAUGGAGUCCAACAAGCUGGGCAGCCCCCCUUGAGCACCUUCUGCUUCGCAGGGUGCUGCACUAAUGGGGGUGGGGGGUACUUCACAGCCUUGGGGGAUGCCAUGCCACCAAGGUGGGGUACCCCACAUCCAGGGCGGAAUGCCAUGCAGUCAGUGGGGUACCCCACAGCCAGGGGGGAUGCCAUGCAGUCAGUGGGGUACCCCACAGCCAGGGGGGAUGCCAUGCUUCCAUGGAGGUACUCCACAGCUGACGACCCCCACCCCACCUGGGCUUUCUGCCUCCGUGCCCGGGACAGGACGUCGUGGUAGCGCUGGGCGGUUGGGAGGGCGAUGUCGGGUAGGGCAGCCUCCAGCAGCAGCAGCGCCGCCAGCGUCUUCUCGGGGUCUGCCUGCAGCAGCGCCUCAUUGACCAGCCUGACCGCGUGGACUCCUGCGUGGGAGGGAAAGGGACAUGCUGCUCAACCCCCCGUGUUCCAGGCACCUAAGGGAGUCACAGCCCAGGGUGGUGCAAGGUUCUCUGGGGCUGGAAUCCCAGUGCAACCUCCCUACCUGGGGUGUCUGCAGACCCCCCUGCACGCCCAAACUCCAUGCGGGCAGGACUCACUGUCAUUUUCAUCCUGCACCAAUGAAUUGGUGCUGUUCACACUGUCCUGAAUAUCAUUCCAGCUCAGGAAUUCAGCUCCCGCUUCCCUAGGUUGGCCUUUCAGCUGCUGCAAGUCCUCAAAGUACCUGAAGGAGAGACACAGGGCAAUGGCUUAGUGCAUUCCAAGCAGGGUUCAGUGCAUUCCGAGCAGGAUGGUGCCUGCCAUAGCCAGCUGCCUGGCUCUUCAGAGGGGAAAGGCAAGGCACAGGGCAGGAGGCUGCUGGAACAAACCCAUGAAAAGCGCAGGCCGACUGACCAUCCCCUCCCACUGGAUUUCUCCACACUGACCCCAAACACAGAGCCCAUCUUCUCACCGUUGUGCAUUUGCAUCCUCAACUCCCGAGAGGCCCAGGGCAGGGCUGACCAGGCUGCUCCAGAGCCCGUCGGGAUCCCCGACAUCCAGGGCUUGGUUGACCAGCGCCACAGCCGAGAGCAUCUCCACAGCCACGAACAGCUCCUCCUGUGCCAGCUCACCCUGCCCGGGGCAGACGGAGACACUGAUCCCUCAUAACCCCCUCCUCCAGCCCAGCACCCCCGGGCGCAGGGGAAGCACCAAUCCCCCUCAUCUCCCGUGCCUGGGGAUCUCUCACCUGUGGGUGCUGGCGCUGCAGCAGGGCCAGCUGGCGCUGGUACAGGGGGGCAGCAGAGGGGUGCACAUCGGGCAGCUGCGCCGCAGGGUCCGUCAGCGCUUCCAAGGUUUCAGCCAGCAUCCCUCGGCGGAUGGCGGCGUUGAUCCGGCUGACAGCCAGCAGCACUGAGGGACAGACCAGGGGAGCUGGCACAGGGGGGCUGCAGGAGGUGGCCGUGCCUGGUCUCCCUUUGGCCAGGCUGCUGGCAAGGGCACCAGCUCCUGGGCAUUCACAGGGCAGCACUGCGAGCACCAUGUCCCUGUUGGCACUCACUGGCUCGCUCCUCCUCGCCCCUCCUGUUGGCUGUGAGGAUCCCUGCCUGCACCUCCUUCUGGUCCAGCAUCUCCAGGUAGCCCAGGUCCUGCAGUGGGCAGAGAUGGGUGUUGGGUCUCACACCUCAUCCUGCUCACACCGAUGGAGGAGCCGUGCUCAGACCCUGUCAGAAAUCUGCCGACCCGCAGAGCAACUCCCACCCAGGGGACCCUCCUCCUCCUCAGGACCACGGGGGUGCACCCCCAGCACAGGUACCCCACACCAUGGGCUCCUGCCAGCACCUACCAGUGCCUUCUGCUCCCGGUCCAUGCUGAGCUGCUCCAAGUAGAGCUGGAGGUUGUCACGCUGGAGGCAGCGCAGGGCCAGGACGGGGUCCUGCAGCGCCCGGUGCAGUGCUGGCACAUCCUGUGUCUGCAGGGCAUCGUCCACCUCCUCCAGAGCCCCGUGCACUACAAGAGGCCAGUCCAUCCCAGAGGUCAGCAGGUAAAUCAUCCCACAGCUUCAGGGAGCAAAGGCAGCUAUGGCUGAAGCCUGCAUACCCAUCAUUUUAAUUUCUCCUUGGAAAUGCACAUCCAGCCCUGAUCCCUGAUGGGUCUGCAUCACUCCUUCCUGCUAUAGCCAUCACUCUCCUCAUGCCCUGGGGUACUAUGGUCCCACCAUAAGCCCUAGAGCCCCCCCCCAAGAGGAAAGCCCCACCUUCCCUCACCGUUCACUUUGUUGAUGUUCCCCUGGAUUUCAGCCUGGGUCAGACACCGGUCAUAGACAUCCUCUCCCUCAGGGAUCACCUGCAGAUACUGGAGAGAGACUCCUCACCCUGAGCUUUCCUCCCAAGCUCACCCCACAGCACACAGCAGGGUCCCUUGCAGGUGCCUGGGCUCAUUUCCCAAUUCCAAGCCCUGGGGAUCAACUAGGCCCCCAAAGAGGAAUCAUCUCCCCCAUCUUCUGCUCAGCACAAGGGCUCCCAGGUUGUGUUUCACCCAGCAAUCACCAUAUGGUCUGUGGCCAAGGGACCCCUCCAGCUUGAAGAACCCAUCAGCAAAGGGGCUGCUCCUCUCUCAGCUGCCCCCCCCCCAGCCCCCCAUGCCCUCCUCACCCUGUUCCUGGCAUUGCUGCCCUUCUCCAGCUUUGCCCGGUGCAGCACCUCCUGGUAGGCACCUGCCAGCUCCCCACGCAGGUCCUGCAGCAUCGCGCUGGGGUUGCGGAGGGUCUCCAUCGUCUGGGCCACCACCCCCCGAUCCACAGCUUCGUUGAUCGCCAGCACUGCGGCGUGGACUGGAGGCGAGGUGGGAAGGAGGGGGGUGAGAUGAGACAUGGAGGAGUGAGAUGGACCAUCCGCUAUAACCCUGCACGCAGUGGGACAAGAGCCACUCCAUGCAUGAUGGUGGGAACCACCAAAGAGUGAGCUGCAGUCUCCAGAACGUGGGAAGUCUCGGUGUCUCACAGCAAGAACAGGUCUCACACCGGUGCUGCUGCACGGAGUUGCCAUGGCGCUGCACACCAUGCUGGUGACAGGGAUGAAACCAGAGUCAGCAGAGCCAUUGCAGGAUGUGCUUCCCCAGGAGCUUUGUCCCAGCCUGUGCCAGCUCCUGCCAUGCUCCUGCCACUCAGAACUCGGCUGUGCUCCAGCACCAGGUGCCAGCGGCCAUCACUGGGGGGCUGCGACUUGCUCGGGGCAACUUUCCAGGAAGCCCAGGUGGAGAGGCCCCUCGGACCCCCUCCAUCCAUCCCCAUCAGAGAGCUGUGACUUGCAGCAGCGACGGCAGGGAUGCCCUGUCCCUCCCCUCCCUGCUCUCAGCACCCUUUGCGCCUGAAGAGCAAACAACAGGUCACUGCCCCUGCUUAUGGCUUCAGAGGAGGCUGCUAACCCAGGAGUGCAACCCACCGCCCCUGACAACCCCGUCCUCACCACCACCACCACCCCUGCAGCCCCUGCAGCCUCCACAGCCCCCAACAACCCUCCCAGCUGCAAGAAGAGCCUGAAGAAAAAGAAGAAGGCCAAAGCCAGGGGAGAUGCCCAGGAGGGAGGUGAUGAGGCGGUGGGGAGGGUGGCUGCGAUUGAGGGGCUCACACAAGCCGGGCGCCAGGCACUGGCACUGGGUGCCGGGCAGGAGGCAGUGGGGUGCUUCAGGAAGGCCCUGCUCCUCUCCAGGGACAUGGUGAGCACUCAGCUCCGCAGGGCUUGUGCCUUCAACCUGGGGGCUGCCUAUGUGGAGACCGGGAAGCCCAGAAAGGCCCUUAAGUUCCUCCUCCAGUCCCAGCCCUUGGAGAGGGAGAAUGGGGAGCACUCGGGGGACCUUUAUUUCAACGCUGGGGCAGCUCAGGAAGGGCUUCAGGACUUUCCUAAGGCUUGUUUUGGCAAAGCCACCGGCCACAAUGACGUGUCGCAGGCUGGCAGUCGAGCAGGGACCCACAUGCAGAUGGGCUGCUGCUAUCUGGGGAUGCGGGAGCCGGCACGAGCCGCGCAGUGCUUCCUGGACGCGGCACAGACCUACACGGCAGCAGAGAGCCCUGAGGCUGCAGCGGUGGCUCUGAGCAGGGCGAGUGGCUCCAUGCUGCAGAGCCGGCGGUUCCGAGCGGCAGAGAUCGCAGGGGUCCUCGCCCAGUGCCGCUCGCUCUGUGAGACCGUCCCCGACCCGGCCCUGCGAGGGAAACUCUACAAUGACAUCGGCCUGGGUUACUCCCAGCUCCACAUCUUCUCCCUGGCUGUUGAGAGCUUCGAGCGGGCCCUCGGGCUCUGCGGAGGAGAGCUGGAGCGGGACCGGCACCGGGAGGCUGCACUGCUGCAGAACCUGGGUGCUGCCCACAAUGCCCUGUGCAGUUUUGGCACAGCGCUGGGCUGGCACCAGCGCGCGGCCGCGCUGCACGGCACUCUGGGGAAACGGAGGGCGCAGGGGCAGUGCUUUGGGAAUCUGGCAUAUGCCUGGAGCCGGCUCGGGAACCAUGAGGCUGCCGCAGAGAACUACCUGCACGCCCUGCAAGCCUUCCGGGACUCAGGGGACGUGCAGGGGCAGUGGCAAGCAUGUGAGGGGCUAGGCACAGCCUGCUUCCACCUGGGAGACCCCCAGAAAGCCAUCGGGCACUACCAGGAGGCCCUGACUUUGCUUUCCCACUGCCAGGACACCCCCGGAGCUGCCCGAGAGCGGGUUGUGCACAAGCUCACGGAUGCCAUCCAGCACCGGCUCUGCCUCAGUGGCCGCCUCUCCCAGCGUGGGGGCCGAGUGCCCACCCCAGCUCUGCAGGAGCUCAGCCAGCUGCGGUUUUGCUCCAUGCUGCCCCAGGCCAGCGGGACACGGGUCCAGAGGAGUGAGGUGUCCUUUGGAGGGAAAGCCCAGGACCAGCUCUACAUGUAUGUGCCAGGAGCACAUCCCAAGCAUUCAGGCAGAGGAGUGGCCCUGACUGAUGGCCUCGCGCUGGAGUCCUGCAACCCACACAGCAUCCUGAGCACCUCUGGGGAGGAUGAGGGUGGUCCCGAUGUGGCUCCAGGGUGUCUGAGUCAGCCCCAGGCUAACAGUAACAGGACCACCCCCCUGUGCCUGGCCCCACCACCCCACACAGACCUCCAGCCAUGGCAUCGUGACCACCAAACCCUCCAGCCAAGGCCUCUGGAGCGCCCUGGCGAUGACCCCACUGCCACUGUCACCAGCUGCUGGCCCCGCCGGGAACCUCGCAGAGGGACCAGGACACUGUCCCUUGUCUGCAACCUUGUGUGACCAGCAGGACACGUGGGAGAUGCCGUUUCUCGGGAGGGCUCUCCAGCCCCAAGUUGGGGCGGGGGGGCCCAUCGAGCCAACACGGUUUUGACCCCA